AUGGAGCUCUUUACUGCAAUCUGCAUCCUUUGCUUCCUCUACCUCAUGCACCACCUCUACAAGUUAUUCCUUCGGAUCACAAAUCAACGAUUUUACAUGAUAGCUUAUCAGUGUUACAAGCCCGCGGAGGACAGGAAGUUAACAACAGAUUUAUGUGCUUCCAUCAUUUUGCGGAACAAAAACCUUGGCCUAGACGACUACAGGUUCCUCUUACAAACCAUGGUCAAUUCAGGUAUUGGUGAAAAUACUUAUGCCCCGAAAAAUAUCAUCCUGGGCAAAGAAGUCCAUCCUGAAUUAAUCGAUUCGUUAUCCGAAAUAGAUGAAAUCUUCUUCGACACACUCGACAAACUCUUUGCUAAUUCAGGGAUUUCUCCACAAGAAAUCGACAUACUUGUGGUGAACGUAUCCCUUCUUUCAUCCGUGCCAUCUCUAACAUCUCGAAUCAUAAACCAUUACAAAAUGAGGCCUGAUAUUAAGGCCUUCAAUCUCUCAGGGAUGGGGUGCAGUGCAAGUCUUAUUGCAAUUGAUCUAGUCAAGCACUUGUUCAAGACUCAUAGAAAUUCUUUUGCUAUAGUUGUCAGCACGGAUGCCUUAGGUGCAAAAUGGUAUUGCGGAAAAGAAAAAUGCAUGAUGCUCCCCAACUGCAUGAUGCGCUCGGGUGGUUGUUCCAUGCUCUUCACGAACAAAAGGGUUUUCCAGGAUCGAGCCAUCUUGAAAUUGAAAUACACUAUCCGAACUCAUUUUGGAGCAAACGAUGAAGCAUACAAUUGUGGAAUUGACAUGGAAGAUAAUCAAGGAUACCGAGGAUUUCGUCUUGCUUUGACAAAGGAGCUAGUCAAAGCUGCUGCUCAAUCUAAUCUGAGAGUUCUCGUGCCGAAAUUACUUCCAUUAAGGGAAAUAAUUCUGUUCGUCAUCAUGGUAUCCUAUAGAAAGAUUACUAAAACGAAAAGUUCAUCCUUAGCUGCAGCUCCAAAUAUGAAGACUGGUGUCGAACAUUUCUGCAUACAUCCGGGUGCAAAAGCUGUAGUUGAGGGAUUUGGCAAGAGUUUAGGGCUUGACGAAUAUGAUAUUGAACCAUCUCGGAUGACACUACACAGAUUUGGCAACAUGGCUGCUGGUUCUAUUUGGUACGUCUUAGGUUAUAUGGAAGCUAAGAAGAGGCUCAAGAAAGGUGACAGGAUACUCAUGAUUACUUUUGGUGCUGGUCUAAAAUGCAACACUUGCGUAUGGGAGGUGAUGAGGGACAUGGAUGGCUCAAAUGUGUGGGAAGAUUGCAUUGACAACUACCCUCCGAAGUCCCUAGCGAACCAUUUCAUGGAGAAAUUUGCUUGGCUCAAUGAUGAAAGUAUGAGCUUCCUUAGCCUGGAUGACAUUCGUGAGAAAAUUUCUUUCGAAAUCAAGGCCUCUAGAUGUUGA